CCAGAGGCGGUCCGAUAGGCGCUCUCAUCAACCUCCAGAUGCCAGGCGCUUCCUCGCCCACGGUCGCUCCCGCUGGCCACGACAGCGGCAUGGCGGGCGCUGAGUUGCGGGCAGCGCUCGAGCAGAGGCUCGACGCCCUCGCCAUCCGCGCGGAGGUCGUGGAGCACCCGGAGGUGUUUACAGUUGAAGAAAUGAUGCCUCAUGUCCAACAUUUGAAAGGAGCACACAGUAAGAACUUAUUUCUUAAAGACAAAAAGAAAAAAGGCUAUUGGCUGGUGACAGUUCUUCAUGAUCGACAAGUUAAUUUAAAUGACCUUGCCAAGCAGUUAGGUGUCGGGAGCGGAAAUCUGCGGUUCGCUGAUGAGACGGCCAUGCUAGAAAAGCUAAAAGUUGGCUCAGGCUGUGCCACACCCUUGGCACUAUUCUGUGAUGAUGGAGAUGUGAAAUUUGUUCUGGACUCUGCUUUUUUGGAAGGUGGACAUGAAAAGGUGUACUUUCAUCCAAUGACCAAUGCUGCAACCAUGGGGUUGAGCCCUGAAGACUUUCUUACAUUUGUGAAGAAGACAGGACAUGAUCCCAUAAUACUGAAUUUUGAUAAAAACAACUAAUUGGGCCAAUGUUUAGAAUAUGUUUACAUCUGGAAGCUGUUUUUCUUAUUUCUAAUUUGUAAAAAGCAUUAAAAGUAAUAAGAAUAUUUAGCACCUUGA